AUGAGAAGGACAACAGCAGAUCGCUAUGCUAGAAGAUUAGCCGAACGUCUUGAGUCAAUGCCUCCUGGAGACAGCGAAGAUGAGGAAAGCUACAACUCUGAACGAUCCGAACCCAAUCCUCUCGCACACCGCACCUCGAUGCUUGAUCUUUUGGCGGUUCCAGACGCCGCAAGACCAGCCAAGCCAAAGGAAGAGAAGCUCGACCCAAAGUUGGUGGGCAUGUCUGUUGGUUUCAAGAAUCUCUAUGCCGGUAAGGAGGAUCGUAGAGGACGCUUCCAGUGGCAGGAGACGAUACCCGAAGAUCUUGUACCUCCCGCCGAGAACGCCGAAACUCAGAAGUGGGCCUUCAUUGCCAGAUACGUCAAGGUCUACGGCGACCCUCGUCGUACGCUGGCAUUACACUCUAUAGUCAUCCAGUCACCACUGCUCAAGAAAGUGCUCGAAGAAGUGCUUGCUGAUUACCCAAACGUCACUGUGGGCCUGCAAAGACUGGAGUUCAGUGGCAAGUUCGAGUGCCUGAUUCAUCGCUUCCCCGAGCUCGACUCUACCAUUGAGAAGCUCCAAGCAUUGCUCAAGCAUGAAGGGGAAGGUACGGAGCGCCUGGACUCAUCUACCAAAGACUCCGAUAAGCCCUCACCUACCAACGGAGUCUUCGCACAACACCCGGAGAAAAACGAUGCUUUAUCCAAUGCUAAGUCUCUGGUCCAAGAGAAUACAGCAACCAACAACGAGGACUUGGAUCAAACGUCCGAAACACCUGCUGAAGCCAAUGGGAAGAACCCUGAUGACGACACCGCUUCCUCACCUCAGCCUAGCGAAACAGAGCUGAGCUUGAAGCACACACAGAUCCUCCGUGACCUUUUGUACGACGAAUUCCAGGUCUUGAUCGAGUCUUCACGCGACAUGAAAGCACAAGGUGUCAUGACGUACGAAGCUCUCUGGACAAUCUACGAGCCGGGCACCAUGGUUUAUGUUCGCGAGGAAGGCCAAGACCGCGUCUUCAAUAUGAUAUCGAGCAAGUAUGGCGUUGACAAAGACAACAAGCCAGUCUUCUCGCUCAAGAUCCGCUUCAUUGACUUCGACGGCACCAAAUUCGGCUGGACAAACGCCAGGAUCAACAUCCCCGAGUUCCAAGGCACUUGCCCCAUUGCCUCUCUUGCCGCGUAUCCUAUUGAAUACCAUGCUGACGAAGCCACUCUGCUGAAGACGCUUAUCAACAGAGGCUCCGCUAUCGAGGCCCUCGUCAGCACUCACUACCGUGCGUAUGAUGGGAUUGGCCAUAAGCUGGACAUGUACGGCCAGAAGGAGCGUCACAGUGUCAAGGGCAGGAUCAUCGUCGACACGGUAGGCUGGAAUCGCUACAUGCCUAAUCAGGCUGUCUACGUCUCAGCUUUGGGCACCAAAGACACAGACAGAACAAUCCACAACUCCCGACAGUUGUUCCUCCCAGCAUUCGGAGAGCCGCUCGAUGAAGGUUGUGGUGGUGGCAUGCCACUUGACGGUCAUUUUGGUGAAGAGGAAGACCUGAAGAAGCUCCCACCCCUCACUGAUGAGCAAAAGAUUCUCUGUACUCACUUGAUUCGCGGCUAUGCCCUAAAGGAGAAGCUGUGGCUCAACCUCUUUGUCGGCUCUGUGCAAGAUGUCACUUUCAACAAGGGAGCCUUCGACUCACUUGUUUUGCCUGAAGACACAAAGGAGCUCAUCCUCGGUUUCACCUGCACGCAGCAAGCUACACGUAUGGCCUACGACGAUGUCAUCCANGGGAAAGGUCGUGGUAUAAUACUGCUGCUAUGCGGACCUCCUGGAGUGGGCAAGACUCUCACCGCUGAGAGUGUGGCUGAGCAUAUGGAGGUUCCAUUGUUCGUCAUGUCCGCGGGUGAUUUGGGCAUGGACUCGAAGCACAUCGAGGCCCGUUUACUUUCUGUCCUGGGCAUGUGUACACGCUGGAACGCCAUCUUACUCUUGGACGAGGCCGACAUCUUCUUGGAGGAGCGCAGUCGUCAUGAAGUUGAGCGCAACAAGCUUGUCAGCAUCUUCUUGCGUGUGCUUGAAUACCAUGAGGGUAUUAUGUUCCUGACCACCAACCGCGUCUCGACCUUUGACCCGGCUUUCCAAUCACGUAUCCAUGUCAGCAUCGACUAUCCAGAACUGUCGCCCGAGAGCCGUCGUAAGAUCUGGGAGAACUUCCUCGGCCGCCACAACGACGCCCAAGCCGCUGCCCGCCUUACGCCGCCCAAGAACCCCACCUCGUCGAUCAAAUCAGCCUCCGAAGCCAUUGAAGACAAGGAUGAUGAAGCCACUAAGGCCAAGCACGAGGCCUUGACUCAGCCUCAUGCCAUCACCACGCAAGAGAUUCGCCAGCUUUCGCUGAUCAAAAUCAACGGUCGUCAAAUCAAGAAUAUGCUCAAGACGGCUCAGUUGUUGGCUAAUCGUAAGGCCGAAUCUCUUGCUCAUAAGCACAUCAAGACUGUGCUCGAUGCCACCCAGCAUCUUUACAAGGUCAACCAGGUCACUGAGGACACGCGUAGCAGUAUUUUCAAUUGA